AAGGAACACGACACGACAUGACAUGAGAGGUUUUUCUUCUCUAGCUUCCAGGGCUUCACCUGCGGUUCUCCGAAACCCAUCUCACAAACCCCACAAUCCCGUUCCCAUCAAACCUCAAAUCCAAGUUCCUACACCAGGUAAGAACAAUACCAACAACAAUAACUCUCUCGUCGAUCACCGCUACAUAACUCGAGUUCUCUCGAGUCACGACUGGGUCGUAUUGCUGACCCACGAGCUUAAAUCCAAGCGGGUCUCCUUAAACCCCCGCUUUGUCGUCAGCGUUUUGCAGAACCAAGAAAACCCUUUACUCCCUUUGAGGUUUUACUUAUGGGUUUCGAGUGUCGACCCCUCUCUGACGAGGAAUCAGUCUGUUCGGAGAGUUUUAGGAAAUGCUUUUUAUAGGAAUGGUCCUGUAGUUUUGUCUGUUGAUUUGGUUAAGGAGAUUAAGAAAUCUGGUUUUAGUGUCAGUGAGGAUCUUCUUUGUGUUUUGAUUGGUAGUUGGGGGAGAUUGGGUUUGGCCAAGUAUUGUGUUGAAGUUUUUGGUCAGAUUUCGUUUUUGGGUCUUUCUCCAAGCACAAGGCUUUAUAAUGCUGUUAUAGAUGCGUUGGUGAAGUCGAAUUCUCUUGACUUGGCUUAUUUGAAGUUCCAACAGAUGACAUCUGAUAAUUGUGUUCCUGAUAGGUUUACUUACAAUAUUCUUAUCCAUGGAGUUUGUAAGGUUGGUGUGGUGGAUGAAGCCCUUAGGCUAGUGAAGCAAAUGGAAAGUGUUGGGUAUUGUCCUAAUGUGUUUACUUAUACUAUACUAAUCGACGGGUUUUGUAACUCGAAGAGGGUUGAGGAGGCUUUUGGGGUUUUGGAGACGAUGAAGGAGAGAAAUGUGAGACCAAAUGAGGCUACUAUAAGGUCAUUGGUUCACGGGGUUUUUCGUUGCGUGUCGCCGAGGAAGGCGGUCGAGUUGCUCUUUAGGUUUGUGGAGAAGGAGUCUCUUUACUCUAGAUCAGCUUGUGACACUAUACUCUUUUGCCUGGCUAAUAAUUCCAUGGCAAGAGAAGCUUCCGAGUUUUUGAGAGAAGCCGGAUUGAAAGGCUAUUUGCCUGACAGUUCAACAUUUAAUAUGGCGAUAACUUGUUUGAUAAAGGAUUUGGAUGCUAACGAGACGCAUGAGAUAUUCGAAAAUUUUGUCGAGCGAGGGGUGAAGCCCGGAUUUAGUACUUAUCUUGCUUUGGUGGAGGCUAUGUAUGAAGGGGGAAGAGUUGAAGUGGGGGAUGAAUUUUUAGAUGAAAUGAUCAAAGAUGGGCUUGUGUCCAAUGUCUACUCUUAUAACAUGGUCAUUGACUGCUUUUGCAGAGCACAAAUGAUAGGAAGGGCGUUCCAGGCUUUUGAGGAAAUGCGGCUCAGAGGCAUUGCCCCUAACCUUGUCACUCUUAACACACUCAUUAAUGGGUAUUGUAAGGUUGGAGAGCUAAGCAGGGCAAGGGAACUGUUGGUGAUGGUCUUAGAGAAUGGAUUUAAACCGGAUAUUUUCACUUUUAGCCCAAUAAUUGACGGCCUUUGUCGACUAAAACAGAUAGAGGAGGCUUUUGCUUGUUUAUCUGAAAUGCUUGAGUGGGGUGUUGCUCCAAAUUCUUGCGUGUAUAACACAUUGAUACGCGCUUUGUGCGUGAUUGGAGAUACGGGUAGAUCAAUGAGACUUCUUAAUAAGAUGCAAGCAGAUGGAAUAAAGCCAGACGCUUCUUCCUUCAAUGUGCUUGUACAAACCUUUUGCAAAAUGAAUAAGGCUGAGAAAGCCGAGAAUCUUUUCCGUUCCAUGUUGAAACUGGACUUGGUUCCUGACAGUUCGGUCUAUAAUGUUCUUAUUCGGGUAUUAUGUAAGUCGGGGAGAUUUGACGAAGCCAAGGAGAUUUUUUUAUCUAUGGAAGCAAAUGGUUGUACUCCUGAAUCUCAUACUUGUAGUUUAAUCUUGGACUCCCUAGUCCGGCAAGCGCGAUUUGAGGAGGCACGGAGUAUAGUAAAGAGUUUCAAUUAUAGGGAACAAUUCGUCUUUGAUGAUUAGGAGGGGACAUUUUUGGUUCGAUAUCUCACGUUCGUGCUGCUUUGGUUAGAGUUUCGCUUGGAAGGCGGAUGGAUUAUGAAAAAAUUGGCUGUUCUUUGGUGAUUGCUUAUGUGAAAUCCGAGGAUAUGAUAGUUAUGUCGCAAGAAAUAAGACUACUCCAACAAGCCUCCCCCAAGAUUUUCACAUUUUCAGGCAGAUAACUCGUUGCAUUGUUUGGAUAUUGAGUUUUUACUCGUGCACAACAAAAUUCAUGUCAAAUCAUGGACUUUAUUCUAAACACAAUGCUUGAAUCUUGCUUUUCUCUUGGUGCGAGGGACAAUGGAUUACUGCUUGUCAGUGUAGGUGACAUUAUAAUUUAUACCAAAGAAAAUGGAAAUUUAGAAAGUAACUUUAGCAUGUGCCAUUAGCUGAGUUAUUCGGCUCAAAUUAGGAGGCAUUUUACUUUUUGUUGGAUAAGAGAUCAAAAUGAACUUGGAAAUGUAAAAAAGCACAAUUUGGCUGAUAUUCAUCUCAACCAGAGGUUAUUAAGUGAGAUUUAUCAGGUGACCAAAAGGAAUUUGGGAUGACACCAUUUUCUGAGAAGUUGAAUUCAUAUGUUGUGAAAUUGCAGCAUCUUCUAUUGUAUUCUAGAAAUGACUUCACAGUGGAAAUACUUGGAAAAUAAUUUCUUAUUUAAUUCAACCACCAAAAGCCUUCUCAACUAUUGACAAACUGUUGUUGCAGUUUCAUAUCACAAAGGGACCAAAAGAAGUUUUGUUUAUGAAACAAACUAACAAAGUAUCGAAUAUUGUUAAAAUCUUCUU